UCCAUUCAAACUGUUUGACUAAUUUGUUGCUAUUUUCAUGUUGACUCAUCAAAGAGGUUUUGUCUGUGGAGUAUGGACAAAAAUUUUUGGGGGGCAAUGCAAUUCUCUUUGAAUUAAAACAGUUUUAAAAAUCUUGUCUUUUGCUAUAACUGCAAUUAUAAACCUACUGUUCAUAUGCACAAAGGUCAGAGCCUGAAAUAUAAUGCGUGCUACUAUGUUUCAUAACUUAUUGGACAUGAAAUUUGUUGCUCUACAGGUAAAGUGGCUGAACAAACACCUAAGCAAACUCUGGCCUUUUAUAGCACAGGCUGCAACGUUGGUUGUCAAGGAAUCUGUUGAACCACUACUCGAUGAUUACCGCCCUCCAGGAAUAAAAUCGCUGAAGUUUAGCAGAUUUUUCCUUGGAAAUGUGCCACCAAAGAUAGAAGGUAUUCGUAUCCAAAACCUCCAGCCAGGCCAGAUCAUCAUGGACAUUGAUUUUCGGUGGGGUGGAGAUCCAAGCAUAAUCCUAGCUGUUGAUUCCAUUUUUGCUUCAUUGCCCAUUCAGCUCAAGGAUCUCCAGGUAUUCACGGUCGUACGUACUAUAUUUCAGCUUUCUGAAGAGGUCCCCUGCAUCUCCACCGUUGUGGUGGCUCUCCUUGCAGAGCCAAAGCCGAAGAUACAGUACACCCUCAAGGCUGUGGGAGGAAGCCUUACUGCUAUUCCAGGGCUUUCUGAUAUGAUUGAUGAUACUGUGAAUUCAAUUGUUACUGACAUGCUUCAGUGGCCACAUAGGAUCGUGGUUCCACUUGGAGUCAAUGUUGAUACAAGUGAGAUGGAGCUGAAACCUCAGGGCAGACUUGCAGUGACAGUAGUGAAAGCAACUUGUUUGGUUAAUAUGGAGAUGAUUGGAAAAUCAGAUCCUUACGUGGUAUUGUACAUCCGUCCCAUGCUGAAGGUGAAAACGAAGGUCGUCGAUCAUAACCUUAAUCCUGAAUGGAACGAGACAUUUCAUCUGAUUGUGGAAGACAAGGAAACACAGGAAGUUAUAUUUGAGAUUUACGAUGAGGACACUCUUCAGCAAGACAAGAAGAUGGGUGUGGCUAAACUGGCAGUGAACAGCCUUGAACCUGCUGAGAGCCCAACGGACAUCACCCUGAAUGUGCUGCAGUCACUAGAUUCACUGAAAGUGAAGGACAACAAGGGUAGAGGGACACUGCACCUCAAGGUCCUGUACCACCCAUUGACGAGGGAGGAGCAAAUGGAGGCCAUGGAGCUGGAGAAGAAAGCCAUGGAGGAGAAGAAGCGGCUCAAGGAGGCCGGGCUAAUCGGCAGCACCAUGGACGCGCUGGGCGGCGCCGCCUCGCUGGUGGGCUCCGGCGUCGUUGGCGGCGUCGGCCUCGUCGGCUCCGGAAUCGGCGCCGGAGUGGGCCUGGUGGGCUCCGGAAUCGGCGCCGUGGGAAGUGGGCUUGGCAAAGCGGGACACUUCAUGGGCCGAACCGUCACUGGCAGUUUCAGCAUGCCACGGAAGCGCGACCGCUUGCAGCAGGUCACGUCACGCUCACAUUCACAGAUAAUAACCUGAAGCUGAAGCUAAUCGACAGACCCAACCAACUCCAACGUUAGGCAGUCCGCCAAAUUUAAUAAGUUUAUCA